UUGUAAAUCUUUCAAUUCUUCACUCUGAUUUUAGAUCUGGAAGUAUCAUUAAUUCAUGCAGAUCAAUCGAAGGUCCUUAUAUCGAUUUGUUAGUAAAGAAACACAUUGCUGCAAACCAGAAACAAGGGCAAUUGGGCCAUUUAACUUACAUGAUAGCUUAAAUUCAAAAGGCCAACACAAAUGUUUGGAGUGGCUUGAUAAGCAAGCUCCAAAUUCUGUGUUGUGUGUUUCGUUCGGAUUGACAACUUCAAUGACAGACGAACAAAUCGAAGAGCUUGCAAUUGGGUUAGAACAAAGUGAGCAGAAGUUCAUCUGGGUGUUCAGACAUGCAGAUGAGGGAUCCAUUUUUUCAGAAGAUGUCAAGAGAGGUGAACUGCCAGAAGGGUAUGAAAAGAGAAUGAAAGAAGCUCGAAUGGUGGUGAGAGAUUGGGCACCUCAACUACAAAUUUUGGGGCACCCAUCAACGGGUGGGUUCAUGAGUCACUGUGGAUGGAAUUCAUGCUUGGACAGUAUUUCCAUGGGAGUGCCUAUAGCCACUUGGCCUAUGAACUUUGACCAACCCAUUAAUGCUUUUCUGGUAACAAACAUAUUGAAGGUUAGCAUUCCAGUUAAUCAAUGGGCACAACAGAAGGAGCUAGUGGUCGAGAGGGAGAGGUGAUGGGUGUGUGUGUGAGCUGCUGGGUUUGUCCGGCGGGCGGCCAAGGCGAGAUUGCCGCCCGCCGGUGGAACGAAAAUAUUAGGUUCUUAACCUUGCUCUGAUACCAUGUAAAAUAAACUGAUGUAUUAUUGAUUGAUUGAUGGAUGUUUUGAUGUGUAAAUUACAGAUGGUGAGGUACUAAUUAUAUAGGAGAGGAUUGGGGAGUAGGUGAGUGUGUGUGGUAGGUGAGUUGAGUGGAGGUGGUAGGUGAUGAUAUAUUCU